AUGGCCAGUACGACGCCCAGCAAGUCUCCUAGCCCUCGUAAUCCACCAACUUCCUCGCUGCAAAAAGACGCCUCCCCUGAAGCCACUGCCCGUCCCUCGAUAGCGCAGUCCAACAGCAGUGAGCAGCAGGGCCCGCGCAGGACCUCGUUUGGAUUCUUGCGCCGCAAGUCCAGCGCCGAACGUGGCGGCAGCGCAAGCACCCGGAGCCCCUCGACCGGCAAGAUGAGCAGGAAGCAAAAGGCGCUUGCCCAGGAGGAAGCGUUACGCAGACAGCGCGAGGCCGCUAUGCUGCCCCGACAACCACCCCGCCUUCCCUCGCACUCUGCCUUGCCCCAGAUUGCCACUUUUGGAGGCGACGACGCCCGCCCUGAUUCCAUCGCCAUCGUCUCCAACCGGGCUGGCAACUACAACACCAUCGCCAUCGCCAACGGUAACGGUAACGGUAACGCUAUCGCCAACGCCAGUCACAACAGCCACAACUUCUCCCGUCCUUCGGUCGACACGUACAGAAUGGCUCAGAAUCAGCAGCAGUCCAACGUCGCCAUGAACGCACCCUCGUCCGCUGGCGGCCCGCCCAGCGAUUACAUGAAUUACGACCCCUACCCAAGGACCGAGAGCAUGACACAUCGCGGUCGCUACAGCUAUGCCAGCAGCCAACACAGCACCGUCAACAGCCCUCGCCGCGUCAGGAGGAGAAAGGACCCGACUCCGUUCAAUAUCCUGGUCAUUGGUACCAAGGGAUGUGGGAAGUCGUCCUUUAUUGAUUUUCUUCGCACUGCGCUUGCCCUCCCAGGUAAAAAACGGCCCCACACCCCUUCUCCGCCAGCCACAGCUGUCGGCGGUGAAGACUCGCCCUUCACGUCUGAAUAUCUCGAGACCGAGGUAGAUGGCGAGCGCGUUGGCGUCACCCUGUGGGACUCGGAGGGCCUGGAGAAGAACAUUGUCGACUUUCAGCUACCCAUCAUCACCUCCUUCCUCGAGUCCAAGUUCGAGGACACGUUCAGCGAGGAGCAAAAGGUCGUGCGUGCGCCCGGAGUCAGGGACACCCACAUUCACUGUGUUUUCCUUCUCCUGGACCCGAUUCGCUUGGAUCAAAAUAUCGCGGCGGAUCGUAAAAAGUCGAAUGCGAUUAAUAUUGGUAAUGCAGUUUUUGGUGGACUCGAUGAGAACCUCGACCUCAACGUCUUGCGCGAGCUUCAGGGCAAGACGACCGUGAUUCCCGUCAUUAGCAAGGCAGACACCAUCACAGGUGCACACAUGCGCCACCUCAAGAAGAUGGUCUGGGACACGUUGAAACGUGCAAAGCUUGACCCUCUCGAGGCCUUGCACUUGGACGCAGAGACAGACGAUGAGGAUCCUGACCGACUGGAUGAGCGCGACGAAGACGAGUAUGAAAACUCCUCGGAGGGCGAGGACAAAUCAGACGUCUUGCACAAGAUUCUCGAGCGAUCCUCCUCGGAAGCCGCACGCUCAGUCGGCUCGUCACAUUCGUCCAAUCCGCAAUCUCCACCCACUUCGCCACCGAGUGCUAGGAAAAGUCACAGUCGAAAGCCAUCAGCCAUGUCCGCCGCCAUCCAGGCAGAAACUACAGAGACACCUUUCUUGCCUCUCAGCAUCAUCUCGCCAGACCCGUACGAGCCGGAGAUUGUCGGACGCAGAUUUCCCUGGGGCUUUGCCGAUCCUUAUGAUCCUGAGCAUUGCGAUUUCGUCCGCCUCAGGGAGAGCGUAUUCAGCGAAUGGCGCGCGGAGCUGCGCGAGGCAAGUCGCGAUCAGUGGUAUGAGGGAUGGAGGACGAACCGCCUGCAAAAGAGCACCAACAGACGCCGGAUCGCGACAUCCGACGGCCCUGCUGCAAAGGGGCUGUCCGUUCCCGCUGUCAACGGUCGCGCAAUGAGCGCAGGCGCCAGGGACCAACGUCCGUACCCGUCGGCGGACUUUUAG